UCCAGGUCGCUCUAGCCUGCGCGGGAGGCGGCCGUUCUAGGUCGCGGGAGGCCGCAGAAGGCGUCUCGCUGCUCGCAGGGAGAGCCAUGGGGUCGCUGCGGAAGGCGCUGAUCGUAGUGGCCAUGCUGGGCGCCGGGGCUGGCGUGGGCUCCGCACUCUUUGCUCUGGUGACCCCGGGAGAGCUGCAAAAGCAGGAGAUGCUGAAGGACAUACCGGAGCAGGACCCGCGGCGCAGGGAUGAGGCGGCCAGGACCCAGCAGCUAAUAAUGGCCACUCUGCAGGAGUCCGUGGCCACGCAGGAGAACGUGGCCUGGAGGAAGAACUGGAUGGUCAGCGGUAGUGGGAGGUCAACGUGAGACCGUAUCCCCUCCACGGGCGCUGGGACCUUGGCUUGAGGCCACCUUUCCCUCGAUGCGCCCAGCGGGGCGUCGGGACCCUGGAUGAUGUUCCCAAGAGCCCCCCCUCCCCAUUCUCCCCAGGCAUGGGAAGCUGUCCCCUGGGUGAGCACAUUCCCCCAAAUCCUGUCCCGAUUGCUUUCAAGUCCGCGUCCGGGCUGAGGCCAAGAUGCGGGGAUCGAAUGUGAGGAACUGAAGGAAGUCAUAAAUCUGACCCUCCAUGCAGGCAGCCCUGCAGUCACCCCGACGGGGGGUUGGGGCUCCCCGGGAGUGGAGGCUAAAGCUGGAUGGACUUAGCGGCCACUUUCAGCUCACCUCAGGUCUUGUGACCUGAGUUUGAGCCUUCCACCCUGGGCAAC